GCUUGACGGAAUCGCCGCGUGCGACUUUGCGCAUUUCGCGCGGGGAUCUGCACUCAGUCACGGGAAAAAAUCCCGAAAAACUCCGGGAGACACGCCCGUCACCCACCGUGGUUCCCCAGACGAACGCACCCCCCACACGCGCGCGAACACUCUCGCGCAAGUGAAUUGCCGAGAUCGGCGGACGGCUUUUUCCUGCGUUUCGAGGCGGCCGGCACUGGAUUCGCUCUUCUGUUUCGUUGUCGUUGUCGCAGUCGCUUUCCGUGUAGGGAAACUCUCUGAGCUCCACUUCCUCGCGCAAAAUGGCGGCCAAACAACAAGAACGGACCUACAUCAUGGUCAAGCCCGACGGCGUCCAGCGGGGCCUGGUGAGCGAGGUGAUUCGUCGGUUCGAGCAGAGGGGCUACAAGCUCGUCGCUCUCAAGAUGAAGUCCCCAGACGCAACUCUGUUGGAGGAGCACUACGCGGACCUCAAGGGCAAGCCUUUCUUUCCAGGCCUCAUUUCCUACAUGACAUCCGGACCCGUUGUGUGCAUGGUCUGGGAGGGCACCGACGUCGUCAAGCAGGGUCGCCGCAUGCUCGGCGAAACCCGCCCACUCGAGUCGAAUCCAGGCACCCUUCGAGGCGACUUCUGCAUCGACGUGGGCCGCAACAUCGUCCACGGCUCCGACAGCGUCGAGAGCGCCAACAAGGAAAUCAGCCUUUGGUUUACCCCAGAGGAGAUCUGCGAGUGGACCUCUGCCCAGCACAAGUGGGUGUACGAGCAGUAAACGCUGCAGUUCUCAUGCGUGGGUGAAUGAGGAAAGUAAACGGUGUAAUUUAAGCGUUCAACUGUCUUGAAAUUCAGUACCCGAUGCGACAUUUGUGAUUGUUCACGAGUCACGUGUCAGGAUCGCAGCCGACCUCGGCCGCACAAGUGUCUCCUUUGUAGUAAACCAAGUUGCGUUUAUUCGCCAAUGCCGGCAACAGGCCUGUCAAACUCGUGCAUCAACAAUGUGAACAAGAAGCGAGGCUACGCGGAUAAGGUGGCAGGCAUGAGCUUGACACUGGUCCGCGUGCAGUUUCCAUUUUCAGUUGCAGGAAGAGAUACAGUUGCUUGUGGCGGAAUCAACAGGGGAUUUGCUCAACUAAGCG